CCCACAGUGGUGUGCUGCAGUCCGCUCCCAGCCGUUGUUGAGUAAACUACAUGGACAUUAGCGGGCGCAGCGGCACCACCACCGAGCCGGAGUGGACUGAAACAGCGUGCUGUGUGUGGAGAGCCACCCGAUAACGACCAACUAGUGAAAAACCCCCGGUGUGAAACUGCAAGUCUGCUGACACCAGUUUGCAGCCGGGAGACAGCCAAAGAAAGGGGCUCGUGGUGAACUCCGUGUAUUGUGUUUUCAGCCAGGCAGGGAGAGAGAGAGAGAGAGAGAGAGAGAGAGAGAGAGAGAGAGAGAGCUCGGCGGGAAUGGCUUCAUCUCCGUGCGGCAACAGUAACUUUGAUUCCGGGCUGGAAAUCAAGACUCGCUCGGUGGAGCAGACGCUUAUUCCUUUAGUAUCGCAGAUCACCACUCUGAUCAACCAUAAAGACAAGCCAAAGAAGUCCGAGCGCACACUGGCAGCUAUUCACCGAGUGGGCCAGGCAGUGAGUGUAGCUGUGGGACGCUUUGUCACCGUCGGGGAGGCCAUCGCCACUGAGAACCAGGAGUUGAAGGAUGAGAUGGGUCAAGCCUGCUUUGAGGCCCGUCGUGCAGGUGAUGCCAUAGCCCAGCUGACAGAUGUCAGCUCAGCACUGCCAUCGCAGUCACCAUCGCCGUCAGACGCACGUGUCACAGUGUUCAGUGAUAGGACAGGCAUGGUGAAGGCUGCCCGCCUGCUGCUCUCCUCAGUCACUAAAGUCCUGGUGUUAGCUGACCGCAUCGUCAUUAAACAGAUUAUCACGUCACGCAACAAGGUUCUGGUUACACUCGACCAUCUGGAAAGAGUCAGCACCUUCCAGGAAUUUGUGCAGAUUUUCAGUCAGUUUGGCAACGAGAUGGUGGAGUUUGCCCACCUCACCGGAGACAGACAGAACGACUUGAAGGAUGAGAAGAAGAAAGCGCGGAUGGCAGCAGCCAGAGCAGUGCUGGAGAAAUGCACCAUGAUGCUCCUCACAGCCUCUAAGACUUGCCUGAGGCACCCGGAUUGCGAGUCGGCGCGGAUCAACAAAGACGCUGUGUUCCACCGAAUGCGCUGCGCCCUGGAGCAGGUCAUUGAGAUCGUCACCGAGGCACGGAGCUGCGGGGAGAACAAAAUCCUUCCUGCCAGCAUCUACAACGGCAUCAAGGACUUCAAGUCCAGCGUGGAGUGUCUGCGGGAGAACUUGUACUCCUUUCCGCCCCAGAGCAUGGGCAGCCAGCUGGAGGCGCUGGUGGAACGGACGGAAGACUUCACUGACUCGGCUUACACCAGCCACGAGCAGCGGCAGGCCAUCCUCGGUCUGUGCCAGCUGACGCGCCAGGACACCCAGCAGUUGGUGCACGUCUGGGUCGAGGCGCAGUCUGUCCACGCCAAAAAGGCCACAGAGGACAUGGAGGUGUCCAUCCUGAAGACCUGCCAGAGUGUCAAUGACCUUAGACGUGAGCUCCAUAAGGUUGCGGUGGGUCGUGCAACAGACUUGCUAAAAGUACACGGGGAGCAGUUGCCUCUUCUGGCUCUCAAAGCUGCAGGCGCUGAGGGGAACCUUGAGACGGUGGCGGAGUAUUCACGCAAGCUCACUGAGCAGAAGGAGCAGCUGGUGGAGACGUGUCGGCUGCUGUGCCAUGUGUCAGGGUCUGAGCCUCUGGAGAUCACCUGCAUACACGCUGAGGAGACCUUCCAUGUUAUUGGUCCACAGAUCAUCUCUGCGGCCCAGACGCUGGCUCUGCACCCGUCCAGUAAGAUCGCUAAGGAGAACCUGGAGGUGUUCUGCGAGGCCUGGGAGUCGCAGCUCUGUGACAUGGCCCUGCUGCUGAGGGAGAUCAAUGAUGUGUUUGAAGGCAGGCGAGGAGACAAACGACCAUAUUUGUCACUUCCCCGACCUGGGAAACUCUCGGCUAACCUGAAGACUGCCAAGGCUGUCAAGUUGGAUGCAGAGGAGCAGACGAGCAUGGCCAAGCUGGGCCUGGAGCUGCGUCUUCUGUCCUCUGAUGUGGACACAGAGGUGGAAAAAUGGGAGGAGCAGGAGCACGAGAUCGUCCGGCAGAGCCAGAGCCUGGCCAGCAUGGCUUACAACAUGCACCUGUUCACCAGAGGGGAGGGGCUGCUGAAAACAACACUGGAUCUUUUUCAUCAAGCUGAGGUUCUCUCUGAGGAGGGGCUCCAGCUGUGCUCUUCUCUCCGCACUUUCUCCACUCAGCUGGUUGACGAGGAGAAGUCUGCGGUGAUGACAGAGAUAGACAAACUGGUGGCUUUGUGCCAACAGCUGCAGAUGGGGGCAAAGACCCCUGUGCAGGGCAAGACUGCCACCUUCCAGAAGGUGGACUCAUCCAUUCAGACGACCAGAAGUAUCUUGACGGUCGUCCUCUCCCUCCUCCCGGUUUGUAACAAGCUCAACAGAAAGUACAAGUCAGAGAGGAGCAGCCUGGGUUCCCCUCAGGACUGGAGAGAGAGGCAGGAUGCUUCCACGCCCGUCAAAGAAGACGGAGCUCUCAAUAACAAGAACAGCAAUGGUUUCGGUGUCAAAUCACUGGAGCAGCACAUGGCCGGCCUCAACAUCCUGGAGAGCAAAUAAUCCAGGGGAAUGGUCUCCUCUUUUGUCGUCUGGUCUCCCUUGGAGCAGCACAUAGCCAAUCUCACCUUUCUGGACGUGUAACCCAGAAUAUACUUUUAUUAUUCCCCUCAUCCUCAUGCACCCACCUGACAUGGGAUAGAGUUUCCAGGGUCAGUAAGAGUUAGUAUUUACUGUUAAGUAUGGAUCUUAAAGUUUACAGAUCCAAGCUUUCUGUGCUCAGGAGCAGUUUGACCGUAGGGUAGAUUUUUAACUGUAGUAUCAGUUCCACUCCAAUCCACCAGAUGGAGACAAUCAGCCAACACUAUGGCAUCACCAUUUGCAGUGAGCCUCUCUGAAGAGUGCGAGGGGGGCCUGGGAUAAACCUGAUUUUAGAGUCACUUUUAUCUUUUCCCUGGACUUUGAUUCGAUAAACUGAUCAGAAAUCAGGAAAACUCUCCUUGAUGCUCAGCCAUACAUCUGUCUUCACUAUGUGCCUCUAUGCUUCGUGGUGUACUGUAAACGUGUCGCACAUGUAAGCUAAACGGGGAAAAAAACAAACAGUGAAUAUGCUGAGAACCCACCCUGCAUGAUGCUAUCACCGGUCUCUGGUGUUUGAGUCUCUUAUGGUCGAUGUGUCAUAGUUUUGUAAUGUUAACGUGUUCCGUAUUAUAAGUCAUAAUAGUGCAUUCUGUCUGUUGAUCUCUGGCAUUGUAGUCAGCAUCUUACUUGGAUAAAUAAGUAUUUUAAAAGUCAAACACAUCAUGUGAGUAAUGUCCAUUGUCCAUAGUGCCAUGUUUGUAACAAAGUGCAAAAAUCCCAGUUUAAUGCCAAAUAUGAUUGUUCUCAUGAAGACGCUCUGAUCUUCAGCUUGCUACUACUUUGACAUAAAAAGCUCUUAAACCUCCAGUGUAAACAACUGGAGACUUAUUUUUAUUUGGGCCUGCUUUCUCCUAAAAGUCAGAUUAUGAUUUUGGGAUGACAGUAUCUUAGUUUAUACAGUCCUGGGUAUUAUUUAAUCAUAUUGUGUGUAAUAUGUUUUUCUCCCAUAAAAGAAAUGAGAUACGAUACAGAAGUGGCACCGGUGUCAAAUAGAGCCUUGAAGUGUACUUGUUAUGAAGACUAUCAUGAUGAAGCUGCCUCGUUGUGUUAAAUGCUAUAUAUGUAUAAUAUGGUACUUGAAGCAGAGAUGUAUAAAUAUAUACAACUAUUGUAUCUUAAGGUUAUGACUUUGGUACUAGGGGAGGUUGUGAUAAUGACUGAAAUGAAUAAGAUGCAUUAAGCUUUGUACAGUGUGAGAGCAGCUAAGGAUGCUGGGAAUUGUAGGGGGAACUCAGAUGUGAAGAUAGAUAUAGUCAGAUAUAGUUUUGGACCGUCUAUUCUUUUGACAAUUGAAAAAGGUUAGUAAAACUAAGACGUAAAAAAUAAACAAUAUUUUUUGUUA